AUGUCCGAUCCAAGGGGCAAACAGGAGCCCGAGUCUCAGGGCAGCACAGUUUGUGCUUUUGAGUUGCUGCUCUUCUCCCUCUUUGAGAGCUGGGGAGGGAGCUGCGGCGGCCGACAUGGAUUUUUUUUUUUUCUGCUGGCUCUGCUGCUGUCUCUGAGCAGCUUUGCAGACCUGGAAAAACAGAGGGUGGACUCUGGGUUGGAAAUCUAUAAGAAGUUGUUUGAGGUGAAGCGCAAGGACCAGAUGAACGCGCUGAAGAACCUGAUCGAGCUCAAUGACGUCAACCAGCAGUACAAAAUCAUCGACAUCAUGCUGAAGGGACUCUUCAAAGUGCUGGAGGACUCCCGGGCUGUGCUCAUCGCUGCCGACGUGCCUCCUGAUGGGCCUUUCCCUCAGGACGAGAAAAUAAAGGAUGCGUACUCCCACGUGGUGGAGAACACUGCCUUCUUCGGGGACGUUGUCCUGCGCUUCCCCAAGAUCGUGCACCACUACUUCGACCGCAACUCCAACUGGAACAGCCUCAUCCGCUGGGGCAUCAGCUUCUGCAACCUGACGGGCGUGUUCGAGCAGGGACCCCACUCCCAGGUCCUGGGGCUGAUGGCUCAGGAGCUGGGAAUCAGCGAGAAAUCACCUGAUUACCGCAAUCCCUUUAAAACAGACCACUCUGAGUUUUUCCCCAGUGCCGACACCUUCCAGAAGGCGCUGCGGGAAGAGGAAAAGCGAAGGAAGAAGGAGGAAAAGCGGAAGGAGAUCCGCAAGGGCCCGCGCAUCUCCCGCUCGCAAUCGGAGCUGUAGCGUGCGGGGGCUUGCACCUCGCGGCAGGGGCGACGCCACCAGGAUGCGGAGCGGCUUCCACCCAUGGUGGGCUGGGGAUGCC